AUGGACGAUCCAACCAUCGCCGAGAUGCGUCUCCCUAUUGAGCACGUCAAGACAUAUGAACACGAGCUUGACUAUAGGGAUAAAUUUGUCCUGGCGCCGAUGGUGCGCACUGGAAGCUGUGAGUUGACCCGGUUGCUUUCCUUAUACUACGGGGCGGAUCUGGUGUGGUCUCCCGAAGUGGUCGACAAGGCUGUCAUCGGAUCUGAGCGCAAGGUAGACCCCACUACCGGUGUCAUCACCUAUUCGAAAGGCCAGGGCCCGAUCUUUUCGACACAUCCCAUCGAGAAGCCAUACUUGAUAUUUCAAAUAGGAUCUUCCGAUCCCGAGCUUGCAGUGAAAGCUGCUCGUACGGUUCAGCAGGAUGUGGCCGGAAUUGAUCUCAAUUGCGGAUGCCCAAAGCCCUUUUCCACCCACUCUGGUAUGGGCGCCGCCCUGCUAUCAACACCUGACGUACUCCUCAAUAUCCUCCGAGCUCUCUUGGACGAGAUACCCUUGCCCAUCAGCUGCAAGAUCCGGCUGCUGCCAACUCAGCCAGAUACGCUGUAUCUCGCCGCCAGGAUUCUACGGACGGGUAUCCGCAACCUCACAGUACAUUGCCGUACGCGGGAUAUGCGACCAGGUGACAAGGCGAUGUGGGAGCGGCUCGGCGAUAUCGUCAAGCUAGGGGAGCAGCGAGGCUUGCCGGUCAUCUGCAACGGGGACGGGGACGGCUGGCCUAAUCGGGAUCGGAUCAGAGAGAUGACUGGUGCUUCUUCAAUUAUGCUGGCUCGUGCUGCGGAGCGCAACCCUUCGGUAUUUGCGUCUACCGGUCUUGUCUGCAACGUCACCCAGAACAUCCCCAUGCUGCUCCGCUUGGCUCACUACCUGGACAACCCUUGGGGCAACACCAAAUUCCUCCUCACCCAAUUCAAGCCGACGCCCCCGACCAACAUGACGAAACAGCGGCGCAAGGAGAUUCAGGAGAUUGUCAGCAGGAGCAAGACGAUUGCCGAGGUGGCCAGUCAGCUGGAGGUGGAGUUGGACGGCGGAGAGGCGUUUAUGGAGGAAUUGCGGGCAAGACUGCGUGAGCGAGAGGCUACCGCAUAA